AACAUGUUGUAGACCCAGCACCAUGACACACCAGAUAUUUGAGAGGCUCUCACUGGGGGAGGUGGAGGCAGCGCUCCAGGACCAGGACCACAUCUCGCUUCUACCCUACCUACCCUACCUGUGUAAACUACUGCAAGUAGUACAGGGCCCCCAGCGUACCACUAUUAUCCACGUUCUCCACAAGAGUAGUCUGGCUCCAACCCUACAUCAGCUCAUCAACAACGACUUUACAGCAGUGUUAUCUGAUGCUGUCAAGGAGCAGCAGCUGCGGAGGAAGACGGGGACACGGCGGGAGGACUCCAUGUUGAUGCCGGAUGGAGGCAGCACUGUGGAUAGUGUGUUCGCGGGGAAUGAUGUUGGUGAUAAAGUGAGGGUUAUAGCUGCGGAGCUGAUAUAUUUACAGUCCCAGUACAGUCAGGGAGGGGUGGGGAGUGAGGCGGGAGUGAGGCGGUGGGAGGAGCGGGGAGUGAGGCGGUGUUACAGAAUGCCUGAAGUGUUUGAUAUGAAGGAGUUACUGAUGUUACUAGUGCACUUAACUAACGAUACUACACACUACAUUAAUAGUCUGGUAGUCAACAACCCUGAGAGAUACGUUGAAGUGCUGCUUUGUUUUAUUGAUCUGUUCGUCCAGUCUAAAGGUGCUCUCGAGCAGAAAGUUCUCGGCUACCUGCGGAGUAUCGCCUCCCUAGUGUCAGACUCGCGCCAGUACGUUACACUGGACACUAUCUCCAACAUAAGGAAGCGAAUAGUAAUACAGGCUCUACUGACACCCGAGGAGGGGAAGUGCUCACAUGACAGGAUGAUAUUAUCUCUUUUCUCUGAGAGGGACACUUCUCUUGUUGUUGAUUUUAUUAAAAACGAGAGUAAAGUGUUUGAUAAGUUAGUGAGGUUUUCCGACUUCAGAGAGCGGAUGAUAACGAUGAUAUCAGAUUCGUUCUACUGCUCGUUCCUAGACGAGACGAUACAAGAAGACAUGACUAAAGCGUGCCAGGAGACAGUGAGCACUGUGAAGACUACUCUCACUGAAACACAAGUUAUCAGAGCAAACCACCUUCUCAUUCUCUACCUCAACAUCGUUAAUACUUGCAGAUUGUCCCUGCAACCACGUGAGAGCAGGGAGCUGGUGAGUCUAAUGUUACACAAGCCACCUUCUGGAGAGGAAGGGGACCUCUUUAUCAAACUAUCCUUAUCUCUCUACAUGUCCUGCACCUCGCUCAACUCUAACAUCGAGACUACUCCUACGAAGGAGGAAGGAAAGGAGAGCUCAUACUCCUUGACAGGGAUGCAUCUUUACAGCGGAACUUAUGAGAUGAUAGGACCAGUACUGUCCCAGACUACUGGUCUCAAAGUCAAUGUGUCUGCAGGUCACGCAGCUACCAUCCAGACACUAUGGUCCCAGAUACAAAGUGAAGAACAGAUAGUAUCUGCUCUCACCAACGUGCCCGUCACACCGGGUCUAUCUGGACUGGUUACUGGCUACUUGCCAGUACACUGUAUCUCUCAGCUGAUUAACUCGCGCGCACCCGCGUGUCCCCCCAACUUGUUUACCUGGUUACCCCAGCAGCUGCGCCAGACACAGGAACCAGUACCUGCUGUGUUGUGCGAGCUUAUCAGUGGGAGUGUUAACUUCCUCAUGUCUAACAAGGGUCGCUCAAUGUCCGGAAUCUCUGAAACAGAGCUAUCCUCACUCCUCUCUCCCUCGAACAACAUGUCCUGUCGUGUCCUCGCGUUCUACUACCUCCUACUCUACCGUAAGGGUCUGUCUGACUUGAAGGUGAAAGUGGAGACCCAGCGCAGCACUGCACCACCUCCCCACGAGUAUUCUGUGUCUUUAUUUGGGGACGAUUCUGCUAAAACACUGCUCUUACACACCCGCAACAAUAUCCAACUUUACUCUGCCGUCUACCCUACCUUCCUUAAACUCCUCGUGUCUCAGUUCCCAUUCUUGUGUGAUCCCAAGGAAUUGCUUGCGGAGGACGAAGCCAAAGCUCACGUUUCUAAGCUUGAUAAAAACUCUGAUGCGUUCGACGUGAAGGAGUACCUACAUCAGAUCCUAGAGUCACUGGAUAGGGGUGACGAGAGCAGGAGUUAUUACAUGAUCAGGAACAUGCUGAAGAGACACCACGAGUUUAUACCCAGCGAAAUAGUUGCACGGUGUGUACCCCAUGUUGUGAAGCAUGGCUUUAGAGUUCAGGGCAGUUUCAUCCUCCUGUGGGAGAAGAGCGCUGCUCUCAAUCCCCAACAAACUUGGUUAAACACCGCUAAAACUCUCAUUAACCCCAAACUUACUGAAGAUGAUGUGUGGGCAAACCCCCUUCAGCUGUUCCAGAUACCUGAGAAAAUCACCAGAAGUCCUGUGGGUGUAAAGAUAUUGCUGCACAUUUUGAAAGGUUACUUGUCCCUGUCCAGAGCAAGACUUGCUGAGUCUGAUCCUCCGCAAGCAAACAAGACUGAUCCCCAGCAGGCUACCAAGUCUAAAGAGCACGAGGACAACAAGGCUUUGUAUAUCACCCUACAGAACUCUGCCAUUGUGCAGCUUCUGCUGGAUCUCACCAGUGGUUCUGACACACGAGCCUCUGGUUCCACUGCUAUAGAAUCAAACCAUGCUUACGAAAACAGCGCACUUGUUUACAACUUCCUGCACGAUUUCUUCAUCAACAAUGACGGUUUAAGCAAGCUGGUUUGUUGGCAGACUUUCAAGUUAUCCCAGAUAGAGGGAGUGGUGAACGGAGUACCAUCCCUCCACGUAGCCUGCAAGUUCAGCACCAACAUGCUGCAACAAGCCUCCCUCCAGAAGCAGCUGUUUGCAGUGUGUUUAUUGUCCCACCUAGCUGUCCAGUACCCGAUACAGCAGACCCUCCAAGCUUGCAAUGAGAUGCUACAGUGGGCCAUCUCUCAGACCAGCCAACUUUCAACUUUGUGGACGUUGUUGUCGUUGGAAAGUCUGGUGAGGAUCUCCAAAGCUUUUCCUCCGCUGGUGGACCCUAUCACUCGGCUGUUGGUUAAUCAGAAGAAGAUGCUUUCGAAAUACAGCGCUGGGUCUAUCAAACAGAAACUAAAAGUUUAUUCAAGUGAUGGGUCGUCUGUUGGUAACCCUGGUAACCCGCAACAGAUGAUUGAUGCAGCCUUUCAGAAAAUUACUACUGAUAUUCUUGUUAGAAUGAAGGGGUCUUGAAAUUCAUAAUGAUUGUUGAAUAUUGUUUGAAACCAAGGAAUUUUGACAACAAGAAACUUUCUCAUUUACUAAUUGUUUACUAUUAUCAAUU